AUGUUGUCAGGGAAAGCUGUGCUCAGGAUAAUGAGGAGGGGUGGGGUUGGGGGGUGGAGCCGGAGCAUUGGAGGGGUGCACAGGGAACUCCAGAAUCUGGACAUCAGUGUAGGCGGCUCUAACAUUUACUGGAUCCAGCUGCAGCCAGGGACCCCUCCCCGGGAUCUGCUGUACUACUCCUCAGACUCCGAUAAGCACCAGGGCUCCGGGUUCCCCGGCCGCUUCUCGGGCUCCAAAGACGCCUCGGCCAAUGCAGGGCUUCUGCGCAUCUCGGGGCUGCAGGCUGAGGCCGAGGCGGACUCUCACUGGGCUACAGCUCACAGCAGUGGGAGCAGCUGCCGCUCCUCACAGCGUCUCAGAGAAGGAGGAAGUGGGUCUAAAACCUCUGGACCCACGGAUAUUGUUUCUGAGACGCGUUUCAGUAAGAAACUUACCUGGAGAGACAUGGCAGGGUGGUCUCUUCUGCACGACGAUCUAUCCUUCAACAGGGAAAGAGGAAGAGUCAUGUAA